AAAAUAUCAAGGCUUGUAUUAUAUAUAAACCUCUAAAAGCCAGUAUCUUCUACUUUCAAAGCAAAAGGACAGUAUAACCUUCCUUAUGAUUAGUUCACAGCCAAAAGCCAAGUCGCGACGUGCAACCCGAGCUUGCGACUUUUGUCAUAAGAGAGGUCGUCGUUGCAAAAGGGAGAAUGAAAGUUCCUUGCAAUGUGCUACUUGCAUCGAUUACGGAGUAGCAUGCACCUGGAGUCGAGUGCCAGCGAAGAGAGGAACCAAACCUCGAUAUAAAAGCCGAGUAGCAGCACCAUGGACUUUAAGCGAGUCCAUACAUGGUCCGAUGACAUUGAUCGAAAUACUGAUUGAUAAUUUUUUUGAAUCCGUAUACCCAGUGGCCAUUACUAUACACGAGCAGACGUUCAGAGAACGCUGGAAUAACCGUAGAAUGCCGGAUAGCCGUGGUUCAUACUCUAGACUUAUGGCAAUGUGCGCUGUGAGUGCGCUUCGGAUCAAAAAUGGGUCUGUCCUGAACGAAAGACAUGUACCGAGUAACCUGGAUCCAAAAUUAUACUUUGACGAAGCGCUUCAGGCUCUUCCGGACGACGUGAACGACUUCGAAGAAUUUGAAAGUCUACAAGCCAUUGGACUAGCUUGCUUGACAGCCCUUCACUACAGUGAUGAGCCACUUCUCCAUCAAGUUCUUGGACUGUAUCACGCUGUAGUGGCUGAGCAAGGUUUUUGUGACGAGAAAAGGUGGCCCCGCGAUCUAACUGGAAUUGAGAGAGAAGAACGAAGGCGUCUGUUCUGGCACAUGUAUCGCCUUGAGGUUCACACUUCUCUAGUUAUUGGACAUGUUAUUAGAUGUCCAGAGUUGCAAUCAUCUGUUGCCUAUCCCACAAUACAAGACAAUGACCUCACCAAGUCUGACGACGGUCAAUUCGAAUGGCUCAGUGGGUGGAAUUUUGUCACAGACUUGUAUAGAGGUAUCGAACAUGUUAUUUCCCAAUUCAAAUACCGACGUGCAUCGACUAAACUGGAUGAUCGGUAUUUAUCAACUUCUUUUAUUCUAGACUAUGACCCUCAGAAGAAGAUACUGGAUCCCCUCGCUGCAGCACGCCGUGGGCUGCCCGACCGGUUCAUGAAAGCCAUGCCAGUCUCAUCGAAUGUCCGGAGAAAUCGAUGUGGCUAUCAAACGGCGAACAUCGCAUGUACGUACCAGCUUUUGAGGAUGGUUACUUUUAGUGCCUAUCACACAACAACUCUCGACGAAGCCUGUCAGACAGUGCUUGAAUUAAUCGACGAAAUAUCAAAUAUACCCAUUGAAUAUCUGCGUGCAAUGGGGUUGGCUAUGUUACAAGAGCUCUCGGGUUUCGGACAUAUCCUGAACAGCUUUAUUACUCAGGGACUGUCUAGGUCUGAUUAUCAUCAUUUGAGGACUGUCAUGCUUUGCAUGUCGGAGCUGCUUGAGAGCCUUUCAUCAUGUAUGACAUCUGCAAUGGAAGCCAGUCAACGUCUUCGUGCAUACGUGGAAGAUAUCGAUCGGUUUCUUACCAUGCCGCAGAUUGCAAAAAAUGGAAAUACCACCACCUCCAUUGGUAAUGAUGGAUCUCAAGGAAAUACGAAUUCUUUGGAUUUAAUAUCACAGCAAUUAAUGGUUCCUUUGGAUGUACUUCAGCGGAUCCCUUGGCCCGCGGCUUGGGAAGAUUUUGUAGGGCUUUUCUAAAUGCACAUUUUUUUUCUUUCUUUUUAC